AUGGCUCAUCCGAGCGGUAGACCCGCCGAAGCAGUCGCUCGUCUGCGGACACUCGGAUUCGACCCGGAGACGCUGCUUCACCAGUAUCAAGAGCAAGGAUACGUGAUUAUCGACGGUGUUCUUUCCUCCGACACAGCCUCGCCGCUUCACAUUGACUCGCUUCGCAAGCAUGCCGACGUCGCAACUCGGCUCACCCGAGACGGGCUCUGGCCUCACCGACGAGUGGUGGGCAACGCGUUCCCGCCUUUCACCAAGGACAAUCGAGACAGCUGGGGCGUGCAGCACAUCAUGAAUCCGCAGCUAGACGUCGCGGGGCCGUCCCAGGGCGCAUCGCUGUCGAGCACAUUCCAGCGCUUCUAUGGCAGCUCACCCUUGCUCGAAAUUGCUUCACUCUUGAUCGGUGCCGAGGUGAAUGACAUGCAGAUGGAGCUGUUCAAUCUUCUCAUCAACCCAUCGUCCCAUCGUUUCGCGCUCGGUUGGCAUCGAGACGACAUCCGGCCGGAUGUGUCGCAGAGCGAGGAGCAAGCACGGCUGAAUACGCCAACGUAUGGUGUGCAGUUCAACACGGCCUUGUACGACGAUGAUUGUCUAUUUAUCGUGCCUGGCACUCAUCGUCGGUUGCGCACACUGAAGGAGAUCGAGGCGAACAACGCCAAAGCACCGUCAGCAACCCAAGUGGACCCAUCACAACCAGUUAUGCAGCAGGAAGAGGGCUUCGCAGCAGACGGAUCCUGGAUUGGAAUCGAUCCGCCCGACACAGUGAGGGCCAAGCUCAAGCCAGGACAAACGGCGUUCUACUCACAGCGCAUCUUGCAUCGAGCUAGCUAUCUGCCAAGUGCAAAGCGAGCAACACUGCACGGCUGCUUUGGCGAUGCAUCGCAGGGUGGGAAGGGCACAGCAGAGAGGGCAAGAAAUGUUCUUCAGCACGGUGUCGAGUGGAUGCGAGAUACUUCCUUUGGCGAGUCGCUGCCAGAGGCUCUGAAGCCGAUGUGGGCCAAUCUAAUACGUAUGGAUGCCGCGUUUGCGGACAAGCAGCUUGGAUUUUCGCUUCAGAACGAUUAG